AUGUUGCUAGCUGACAUUAUUGAGAUCUCGUCUUUUCUUUUGUUCUGGGCUGUGGAUUUUGCUAAAGAGACAUUUUAUGCCAUCUUUAGAUGUCGUCCUCGCAAGAAUAUCUGUAAUGAGAAUAUCCUUAUUACUGGUUCUGGACAAGGAAUAGGAAAGCUGGUUACUGAACGUCUUGCAAAAGAUGGCAAUAUCCUCCACUGUGUUGAUAUCAACCAAACGUUGAAUGAGCAGUCAGCAGCUGACUUGAGAGCCAAAGGAGGAAACUGCACUAUCUACACAUACACAUGUGAUGUUGGAGAGAAUGAAAAUAUUGUUGAAUUGGGAAGACAGAUCAAGGAAAAUGUACCAGACAAACACAUCUCAUACCUCUUUAACAUAGCUGGUAUCGUGAUUGGAAAAUCUUUUGAAGAAGAAUCUGUACAGCUGAUGGAGAAGGUCAUCAAGGUGAACGUACUUGGUGUCAUAUAUCUUCAAAAAUUGGUAUUUAAAGAAAUGUUGGAGAACUACGGCCACAUUAUCAACAUCUCAUCCUUGGCUGGGAUGGUUGCAGGUCCUCUUCUUGCUGAUUAUUGCUGCUCAAAAUUUGCUGUCAGAGGUCUCUCACAGGCAAUGCUGAGUGAGAUGGAUUUCCUGGGUAAAAGUAAUGUGAAAUUUACAACUGUCCACCCUCAUAUCACCAAGACAGGCAUGUUCAAUAAUACCCAAGCUAGAUGGCCCUCUGUUUUCCCCCUCCUGGAGCCUGAGUGGGUUGCUGAUCAGGUAAUUAUCGGAACCCAAGAGGAGAGAGAGCAACUUAUCUUGCCUAAAAUUACCAACUUCUUCUUUUUACCUGAGCACUUAAUGUCAACCAAAGCCUACAGAAAGUACUGUGAUGUUCUUGGUACUGCCACCAUGAAAACCUUCAAGAAGAUACGAGCUGAUUAAAGAUAUGUAUAGCAUGAAGUCCUGGCCGGCAAAAGUAACGGCCGGCAGAUAGCGUAAAUUAUUGCUAUAAUUAAUUUAUUACUACAUGUUUUACUUGAUUUUUAAUUUUUGAAUGAAAUAGUUUUUAAUGUCUAUAUCUUAUUUGGAUGGGCUGCUUACCUUGUCCGCCCUUAUUCUUCCAGACCUAGUUCGGUUGCUGAGAUGCUUACUCUAAUCAGCUUUAAGGCACCAAUUAGGGCCGUCCAGAAUAAGGGCUGGCAGAUAGGGUAAGUCAUUGCUACAAGCACAACAGUGCUUUUAAAUUGUUAUUGAUUCCGGAUCUAAUUUAUUCCUGUGUUUUUUAGCUUGCUUCAUUUUUGAUAAGUGUUUUUACUUUGGUUUAUAUCAGUUUACUCAAACUUUAUUGAUUGUAUUCAGUAUUAGAUUAGCUUUACAUUAUGUCAAUGGAUUGAAAUGAUAUUAAACGUUAUGUGAUUUAAAAACGUUAUAAAAAAAUGAUUUUUAA